CAUACAUUCAAACUAGCGAAAGUGCGGAGAAAAGUCAAAGCAAGGUAACCGCGGGCGGGCGGUUUGUUAAAAACAACAAAACGUUUUGUUCCUCUGCCGUUCAUCACACAGUUUUAAGUUUUUCUCUGCGUGACGACUAAUCUCAUCAACCUACGUUCGGCAAAGACCACCACAAAGCCUAGUAAAGCAACAAAUAUUCUCGAGAGAAAAAACCACCCGGCAACUUCGAGCCCAAAAUGGCCAGGACUGUCGUAAAAGCAGCUGCCGAUGCCGACAAACACCUGAGCGACAUUACGGCUAUCGUGUACUCGCAGGAGCACAUUUUCACCUCCGGCGGGGAUGGAAAAGUUAAGAUGUGGACCAAAGACCUGUCACUCAAAAAGGAAGUAGCCGUACACGAGGCCUGGAUCUAUGCAAUGGUGGUGGACUCACUGGGACGAAUAUAUACCAGCAGCUGUGAUGGUACGAUUUGUUGUCUACCGGAUCCGCUGCAAUCGGAUGACAUUAAGGAACUGCUGAAAUGCAGUGACGAAAUCGAGUCGCUCUUCGUUGAUAGCAAAGACAACCUGUGGAGUGGAGAUGACAAGGGCAUCGUGACUAUGUGGGUAGACCACAAGAUAAAAUUCAAAUUCAAUCUGGUCGAACAGGUACGAUCGUUAGCGAUUCAAAACAAUUGGAUAUACUCGAUCAGAGACAAUGAUCUGACAAUCACGGAAGUGCUGGAAGGCUCCACGACCGGACGAUAUAUAACUAAGGCUAGUAUUCCGGGAAAAAGUCCUGUCGCAUUGUGCGGUAGCAGCUGCAACGGUGUUUUUAAUAACGUAUCAAUUAUAACUCGUGACGGACUGGGAAUCACUUUCAUCAAAAAUAACAGUAAAGAAAAUUUCUCGGUGCUGUGGACCAAAGAGAAAGCUCACGAUAUGAUUAUUAACUGUAUUCUGGGAGCUGACGAGCUGCUUUACACUGCCGGCUACGAUGGAGUUGUGAAGCAGUGGACCGGUCUCGAGAAGGAUCCCAAACUGGCAGCGGAAGUCAACAUUGGCAGCGGUUGCCUCAACGCGUUGAGUUUGGGAUCGGACCGGACUACCGUUUAUGUGGGUGGCAGCGAUGGUUUGCUGAGAGUAGUGAGUUUCUCAUAGAACUCACAGCAGUGUUACCAAGUGCCAUUGAAAGAGUGCCGACUCGCCCGGCGGAUAUUUAACGUGACUUUUUCUUUCCUAACUAACACGAUAAUAGCUUCAAAAAAGUAAACCAAAGCGAAAACGGUUUUGUUUAUCACGGGACUUCUAUUUAAUUGUUCAUUUAUAUGAGAAGAUAGUUGAAAUAAACGUCUCGAAGAAUAAGAAAUCAGAA